GUCUGCCUGUGUGCAAUUGUCAUCAAGAGUCCGGGCUGCUCCCUGGCACAAUCAAGUCUAAAUGAGAUUGAUCGUCUUAAAGACAUAUUCGCCCGAGUAAAAGCGUAUCGUUCGACAAUCAUCAAACUCACCGAGCAAGCUCACCUCGCUAUGAGUCAAUUCAAGGAAGGUAAAUGGCCGCCUGUUCACCAAGGGGAUGACGUCGAUGUCGAUGUCAUGAAAUUCAUUGGACGAACUGAUUUUGCGCCAAGGAAACCACAGGAAGCAACAACUCCGAGUACAGUAAACGGCCAUUCAGAGGACCUCCAGCCGAGCAGCGUACAUCCGGUGCUAUUUGAGUAUAUGAAGCAAUUCGAGGAGCCAUUGACGAAGAAUGGUAGUCCUACUUCUGCGUUUUCGACUCAAGUCUCUACACUGGAUUUCCACCCUGAGCAGAGCAUAUUCCCGCCGGUCAUACCUGGACUUACCGCUAAUACCGACAUAUUCACUUCUGGCGACUCCUUUGACGAUACCAGCCCUCUCGGGUCUCGCCCUGAGCCGUCCAAUUUCAUGGGUUGGGCAUCAAGUGGCCCGUACGAAGGCCCCUCAUUGGUCUCAGCCUCACUUCAAGGAGAUGCCUUCGAUGUCUCGCAACCUUUCCAGUUUGACGACCUAUUCCCGGAUUCAGAAGCGGGAACCGACCCAAAUAGCAAGCGGCAAUCACAAGAUCAACUUCGUUUUCUUUCCGUGGACGAGAAUCGUGGUACUUCGGCGAAUCACAGUGCCGAUAGGAUCGGCCGGGUAUUGGCGCUUUACCUACAACCAUCCGUUUUAUGCCUGCAACACCAACCACUACCCAUAUUCGUUCACGGAACGUUAGCGCCAGGGAAAGGUUCAAGCAACACUCAAGAGUUGCACGACAAGAUUGACGCUCUACAGGCUAGAAUCAAGGAGCUGGAGACUGCACUAGCACAGUUACAGUCCAAGGUCGCCUCUGAACCCCAUCCACUGCUUGCACAAUCCUUGAAGACUGCGACUGAAGGCUUACCGCCGGAGGAUGAUACUGCAAGAGACGACGGAUCCGACAACGAGGACCUCGUGGACACUUUCGGGUCUUUAACAAUCGACCAAGAAGGAAAAACGAGAAAGGAGGACGAUCAAAACGCCGACAAUGAUCCAGGGCUUCCAGUCGAUAUACUCCUUUUGAGUAAAUUUUUCCCUUCCAAGGAUGUGUAUGAAGCCGAGGACGUUAUUCGUGAUUUGGUUAAAAGUUACUUGCCUCCAAAGGAUGUUGCAUACGAAUCUGCCUUUAGUCUGAAAUAUCAACAGAAAUCACUCUCCACUUUUAGCAUUAUGAGUAAUGAUCCUAAUGGGCCAAAUAGGGCGUGGGGUGCUUUGAGUUUGGCCAUUAGGCUCGCACAAAUGGUGCUCUGUAACCUGAAUCUUAUAGACCGAGAUAACGAGCACUGGGACAAAUACCCAGAACAGGCUGAACUUCGUAGACGGCUUUGGUGGGAUCUAGUUUCCUGUGAAACUGUAUUCGGAUUCGCCAUGGGACGUCCAAGAGCUAUAUAUCCAGCGCACUACGACACAAAAAUGCCAAAAGACGACGAGGAUGAGGGCAAAACUCCUUCGU